GCCCACCCCGGCCGUCCGGGCGGCUCUCCAGGGCGUCUGUAAACACACCCCGAGACUGUCAUGGACGGGGAGGAGGAGGCGGCGGCGGCCCGGGGAGGCGUUCGGGGCCGCCUCCCGGCUCCGCUCUGCCACUCCUGAGCGGGUCCCCAGCCCCCGUGACGGUGGCAUCAGGCAAAGCCAAGGGUUAGGCGAGAGGAGGAGGCAGUCAGGACCACAUCCCCUUCUCCCCACCCCCCCCACCCCGGGGCGGGGGCCGGGCCAGGGCAGGGGGAGGGCGCGCCCGGCCACCCCGGCCUGCCCGCCGAGAUGGAUGACAGUAAGGCGUCCAUAGCCACCUCCCUAAGCGCAGAGCUCAGAGAGCCCAACGGCUGUUCUUUCUCGCUGAAGGUGGUCGGGGGCAAAGUGAAGAAGCCGGGGAAGCGCGGCCGCAAGCCGGCCAAAAUCGACCUGAAGGCCAAGCUGGAGAGGAGCCGGCAGAGUGCCCGGGAGUGCCGGGCCAGGAAGAAGCUCCGGUACCAGUACCUGGAGGAGCUGGUGUCCAGCCGGGAGACGGCCAUCUGCGGGCUCCGAGAAGAAUUGGAAAUGUACAAGCAGUGGUGCGUCGCCAUGGACCAGGGCAAGAUCCCGUCUGAGAUCCAGACUCUGCUCGUGCUGGACGAGCCGCCCAAGCCGCAGCAGAGCGCCAGCCGGCACGCGAAGGCCGGCAAGACGGACGCGCACAGCAGCUGGUGAAGAGCGUGGACGGUGACGGGCCAGGGACCCAGGCCCGGCCUCAGUUCCUCUGACCGGCGAGCGGGCGAGAUGGCGCGGCCGGCUCCCUCACCCUGCCGCUCGGCUCCUCCACCCACAGCUCCCGGCAGAGCCCCGGCGUCCGCACGCAGAAAACCGACGGCCCUUGGGGCUGCCGGCCCGGCCGUGACGCUCGCGGCAUUGAAUGUUGCAGUGCUUGAAACCGGGGGGUAGGAAGAAAGGUGAAGGCUGUGUUUUCGCACCCAAACGCCACACUGCUCUCUCGGUUCAUUUCUAUUCCUCCCACGUGACCCAUGUGAUUGUAUGUGUCUGUGCGCGGGCUCAGCCGCCCCGGCAGAGAACGGUAGGAGGCGGCUGCCUCCGGGCUCCCAGCCUUCAUGGACCUAAUCUUUUUUGUUUUUUUUUUUUCCUCUCUUUAGACUUACUUGAGUAAUGUUUGUUUUCUGCAUGAACCAUGAUUUCUCCGGUGAGCCAUUCCAGCAUAAGCUGUGACUAUGUAUUUCAAAUAUAUACAUUUCUAUUUUUAUAGUCCAUAUGAUAUGCCUGUUUAAAAAAAAAAUGCACAUGUUAACAGAAUCCAUCAGGAAAACCCUGCAGACAGCCUCUAGCUAAAACUUGUGUCGCUGUCUUCCCAAACGAUCUCUUAAAAGGCUGCCAGGGCCUAAGCCCUCCUUCCAGAAUGAUUCGGCAUAUUUUAUUUUUAAGCGAGAAGUCACCUGUAAGGCAUUUCAGGAGCACGCGUCACCUUUGCCGGCCCAGCGGUCUGGGUUUCCGGCGUCCGCUUGUGUCUGUCUGUCCGCAGGCAGGCUGAAUGUUCGCACACGUUUCCUCAUGUACUCAACUGCUGGAGAGUUUUUCCCUCCAGAAAACAGGAUGAAUCUAGCUGCUGAGAUUGAGUUUCUGCCCGGAGAGGUCUGGAACCAAAUGAGGCAUAAAUUGCUGCUGGGCUGGGCUGGCCGCUGCGAGCAGAAGGCCGCCUCCUUCCCGGGGCAGGUGCUGGGCACCCCCCCCCCCAUGUGGGAGGGAGGCAGGGGGGUCUGCACGCAGGGUGGAGCCAUUCUCUGCAGUGGCCCCUGUCACCUCGCCUUCCCCCCUCCCCCCGCCACCUCACUCUACCUGGCGAGAAAUGGAGUCCCGAUGGGGUCCCUGCGGGCAGAGCCAAGCCCCUUCCUUACCCCCCCGCCCCCACCCCGCCCCUCUCCGCUCUUUCUUGGAGGUGGGUCAGGAGUCUCAUUCUCUGUGGCUGCUCCAUUGUCAUUGUUUUGGGAGAGGAAGAAGCCAAACCUUUGCUUUGGCACCCAAACAGAGUCUGCUCUGUUCCACACUGGCAGCCUCAGGGGGCCUUGUGGCGGCCAGGGGGUGGCCUCGAGAGGGACCACAGUUGCGAGGACGAAGUCCUUUCGCCUCCUCUGGGGCCAGGCGCUCUCCCGCGGUUGAGGGAAGCGCCUCAGGCCGCGUGGCUCCCGGCCUCUCGCCUGGAGCCCCGUGUGACUACUGACAAACCACUAGCCCGCCACCCCCCCCCCCCCCCCCCCCCGUGUCUGGGGCUCCAGGGGGAUUUAACGCCUCCCCUUGGGGUCACAGAUGCGGGGCGCUGAGCUCGGGGCUGCUCAGGCCUUCCGCACGUGUUUCCCCGAGACAGUGUUGAAGGCUGUACUGGGUAUGUGUAGGCCACCUGGGCUCCCCAGACGUCUACUUUUCACUGUGCAGAACAGCCCAAGACUUCCUCUGUGUUGCUCUGUCCGGUCCCCUUUGCAUCCUGCACCCCCCGCCCCCCACCCUGAGUUGUUCUCAAACCCAACAUUCCGAGAUGGACGUGGCUCCCCCGGGGGCCGUCUCUGUGCCCAAGGGCUGCUUCUCUGCUCCCCACGUUCUGUGACAAGAGCCCUUUGAGUUCCCCCCACGCCCGUUAUCUCUGUUAGCACAACAGUGACUUUAUCCUCAGGCCGAGGGUGUGCAAUUCUGAGGGAAAGGGAGUCACGGGGGCUGGGAGCUUGUUCCCGUAUUCGGGAGUAGACCCAGCCGCGAGGCAGCUCCUGGGUCUCGAGAAAGGACUGUUGGGAGCGCUCUGGGCCUCGUGCGGCCUCACGCUGGGGCCACACGAAGCCUGUUAAUGAAUGUCCCUGGUUCAAGCCGCGGGCGCCUGUCUCUCUCCCCCGGCCGCUCGCUCUCACAGGCCGCGGGGAACAGCAGGCCGUGGGCCGAGAACCCCUUGGAUCCGGCUGUUUCCCUCACUUUCUUGAGUAAACAGCAAUGUGUUUUUUUUUUUUCUUUUUUCUCCCCCCAAAGAAAGGCAAGGGGGGAAAUAGAGUUGUGUAUUUAGACUGCCACAUUGUGUUACUAAUUUAGCACAGAUCUGCUGUAUAUUAGAGAACUGAAUCUAAUACAGAAUAAGUUUGACCAAGUCAGGUCUUAGGGUAUAAUUGAUAUAAUUUUAGGAUAUAAUUUUGAAGUCGUUCUCCUAUUUUAUCUCAGAUCUUUAGGUGUCUGAAUCAGAAUCUGACUGCAGCAAACGUAUAUCACUGUUUACCAGCUCACUGACAGUACUUAGCAGUAUCAUCAUCUAGCAUUUUACCUGUCAUCUUUGAAUUAUGAUAGAAUUGAUUUGGCUCACUACAAAAAGUACAGCUUUAAACUGGACUUACUUUAGUUCAAAUGAGGGCAAAGAAAAUCGAAAAACAGAAGCGCUAUAUUUCACAAGAAAUCAGUUGCAUAUUAUCAAUGGCAUACUUAGUUUUAAAAGAGGAAGAUGUCUAAGAACCCACAUCGUAUUUGGGGGGCAUUGAAGGAAUUUUUCUUUAUGUGAAGAGCGUUGUAUAAUUAUAUUUUUAUGAAAAUAAAAGAUCUUCACCAGA